ACAGAAAGUCGGCUUGGUUGACCCACUGUUGUUAAGGGGUGACAGAUAUUGACAAACGGGCUGCAUUCACCUUUGUAGCUCAAUCGAGCCCCGAAGACGACCUUUUUUGCAUUCGUGUACAUUAUGCAUGUUUUCAGAAACAUGAAAACGAUAACUGAGUCAGCAACGGAAGGCGCACAUUUGUUACAAAACUUACAACAUCGUUCGUUGGUACCCCUAUUUCAUGCGAAAGUGUACUCAGCGAUAAAUACAAGGGGAACACCGUCUGGUAUAUUGCAAAGUCAAUACGGUGCUCAUCAACACUUGUGUGACCUCAAACAGCGAAAAAAGUUUUUGUAGUUUCACAGAUCGGGCUUAUUUAUCCCAGCCUCGAUGCAGAUAGCAGGUGAAGGGAGAUAAACACGUCCACAAUCACAACAAGAAAUACCCAACAUGGUGGCAGAAGUGUAUUUGAGCGGCAGGCUGAAAAACAACAGUGGUUGUGCAGUGACUCUUUCAUCAAGUGCAGUGCUGUUUGUUGUGGAAUACUGUGCACCUGUGGAUGUGCGCAUUAUAUUUGUUAAGGAUGCAGCUGCACAGAGUGAAGAACAGAUCGAAUUACCACUGCAUGCAUUGCAGAAGCUCCACCACACAUUCACCGAGACAGAGUUACUUCCCCUGAUUGUUCAGAACUGCCAGUUGCCUGUGAUAUUUGAUCCAAAAAUUGCUAUGGUCAGGUCAGGACUUUGUUGUGCAGUUCGUCAUCUUGUUAAGUUGGCAGAUGCAACCAGUCCCACCAAGCACUUUAAGGAUUUGCUGGGCUUCAGACAAGGGAGCUUGAGGAUGUGUGCAGAGGUGUCUGGCUGGACGAAGCUGUGUGAAGUGGAGCUAAACAAGAGUCUGACUCAGUUGAUUCAGGAUAUUAGACUUGUGUCUGACACUGGGAAGUCAGAAGUUGAGUUACCUCAAGAUCUUUUGAAACUUGAAGCUCAUUUUCUCAAACCUCCCAAAAUUCAUAAUGAUGACAAAAUGAGGAGAGCUGUGUUGAAGGAGGUCAAAGAAGAAAUGGGCGAUGAAAAGACACGAAGUCAGAUACUGAAAAAUUGUACAUUGCGAAGAAACAGUUUUCUGCUUGUGAAGGAGAAACAAUUUCCCCAUGGAAACAGAACAUUCAGACUAGUAAAACAUUUCAGAGAUAUAAAUGAGGAAAAGCAAAAUGUGUCAAAUAAAUGUGAGAAACAUAUACACAAUGGGAGUGCCCAGAUUACAGCAAAGGGAGAUAACUCUGUUGAGGACUUGAUAAAGGGUAUAGAAAGCUUGAACUAUCUGGAUGUUGAGCUGCUUCACCUGUACUCAGAAGGGAUAGAGAUGACAGUGGCAGAUCUCGUUCUGUUUGUCUACCUGUAUCAUGUGAUAACUCCACAUGUCAUGAAGUGGUUAGGACAAAUGGUGAAAGUAGAGGGAAUCCAGUUGAUGGUGGACUCUUGCUUCAAGGUCACUCACCUUGCUCAGGCCUUGACAGAGGUGAAGUCAGCAGGAGUCUUGUUGUCGCUGCCCAGGAUGGUGGAUGUCAGCGAGGAUGACAUGGAACUCAGCCGCAGGUGUAGAAGUAAGCACAAGGCCUACAAACCAGAUGUCAGUCAUGUCUUGAGGAAGAUUACGGCUAGUGGUAUCGUCCCCAAGACUGGAGAACACCUGCGGGGAAGUGAUGUCACACUAGAUUGGGGGACCAUGCCUUCUGCUGUUCACCCCAAAGAAGGUCAAGUUCCCGCCAAGAGAACAGCGAGGAAGUGCCAGCAGCUGGAGAAUUUGGUGACGUCCGUAACAGCGAUGGCUCAGUCUGGCGAUGUUAUUGUUGACUUCUGCAGUGGAGGGGGUCAUCUUGGCCUAGCUGUGGCGUAUCUCCUACCUGAAUGCAAGGUAUACUUGAUUGAAAACAAGGAAGAAUCUUUGGUGAAAGCCAUCCAAAGAAUAGAUGCUCUGAAACUGAAGAAUGUGAUUCUCUAUCAGUGCAACCUUGACUACUUCCAUGGCAAGUUUGACAUCGGUGUGUGUCUCCAUGCUUGUGGAUCAGCAACAGACAUGGUGCUACAGCAGUGCCUCAACAACAGCUCAGCCUUUGUUAUCUGCCCUUGUUGCUAUGGCUGCAUUCAGAAGACACACCUCAUGGCGUAUCCCAGAAGCCAAUGCUUUGUGGAUGCAUUCAGAAGUUCACUGCCAACAACACUACCUACUAAUGGAGUGUACAAGGACUUCCUGACCUUAGGCCAUGCAGCCGACCAGACAGAGUUUAACAUAGCUCUAGAGGAACAGGGUCGGUACUGCAGCAAUCUGGUGGACACUGAUCGGGCAGAGCUGGCCAGGGAACAAGGAUAUUCAGUCAUUCUGUGCUCAUUACAGCCCUUAACAUGUACACCUAAAAACAACCUAAUUUUGGGAACUCCAAACCACCGGAGCUUUACAGUGUCCUGAUAACUGAACAGAUUCAUUUUCAAGUUGAAUCUUUUCAUGAUGAGAUCUCACAGAAAUAAUUUUAUUCAGUGAUGAAAUACCAGUUAUAGUUUUAUUAAACUGGCAUAAAUUCAUUACCAUGGUUUUUGAUUACUCACCACCUGUCACCUGCAUGAUGGCUUGUACAGUAAGUGUAAAUGCAAAUGCAAAUCCCAAAUGGCUUCCUUGCUAUUGAAUUUCUCAGGAUUUUAACAGUAACAUUUUACAAUUUGGUUGUCAAUAGCCAUAGGCAUUCAUACUGGUUAUUAUUUUACUUUUUAACACUUGAUAAGAACAAAUGUACAAACCUUCUGUUGAAAUCAUUUUGUUUUAAUUUCCUUCUUCUUUUUUAGCAUAAUGAAAAAUGUUUAAAAAUUUAUCUCUUAUACUGAUUAAUACAUGUACCAUCUUAUUCCGCUGUGACAUAAACUCCUUGUCAUUUCAUCCAAAGCAAAUUGCAUUGACUUGAUUUGUAAGCAUAGACUAUUCCUCAUAUUGAAGUACAAUGAUCGCCAAAAUGCACAGGUGUGUUUGUUCUUGAGGUCUAAGUGACACACAUUGUCAUUCCCAUAGGUAAUGGCGGUGGGGUAGCCUAGUGGUUAAAGCGUUCGUUCGUCACGCCAAAGACCCGGGUUCGAUUCCCCAUAUGGGUACAAUGUGUGAUGCCCAUUUCUGGUGUCCACCGCCGUGAUAUUGCUGGAAUAUUGCUAAAAGCGGUGUAAAACUAAACUCCCAUAGGUAAUGGGUCAUUUGACCCACCGGUAUGAAAUCAGUCAAAUUGUUUCCUGUUGUGAAUGCAAGAAAUGUAGUAUAUUGGGUUCGAAUGCUGGUUUGGUGAGCUGCACACUCUUGCUUGUGGGUUUCACCAAGACGUAAAUGUCAUAGCGCUGUAUCACCUGGCGUUUCUUCCCUCAUUAAGCUGAAAUGCCAUGCAAUAUAUCAAAUACCUAAGACAAGAGUUGUUAGAAUUGGUCUUCACCAACCCAUGCAUGUCCUAAAAGGCCACUAACAGGAUUGGGUGGUCAGGCUCUCCGACUUGGGUGAUUUUUUCGGAUUUUGAUCAUGAUUUUGAUCACUGAGUUUUCUGGUCCAGAUUUGAUUAUUUACAGACCACUGCCAUAUAGCUGGAAUGUUGCCAAGUGCAGCCUUAAACAACAAACAAACAAAUAAGGCAGCAUUAAAUCAAAUGUUUUGUUUUCACAUGAGACAUACCUUUUUCAUUUCCUAUUGUAUCAUAAUGGUAAGGAACAAUGCCAAGCUUGACACCAAUCAAUUUUCAUGUAUGUAUCCCUGCACUCUCCUGUAUGCCAGCCUUUCUGUGAUAAUAUUGUUGUGAUAUCAAGAAUGGUGACCAAAGAAAAUAAAUCUUAUUUUAUGAGAGAA